UGUAAAUUCUAUACACUUCACUCUUCUAAACUCAAUUCAUAGCUUUUCCUCACUUCCAAGUACCAAUUCAUAUCUUACUUCAAAGUGUGGCUCGAUUCCUUCUCGAAGACGUAUAAAAAUUAAUAGCUUCAAGUUCACGGAGUUCCUGACUCUUCAGAUUUAGUAUUACCCCGAAACUGUCCCUGGAUCUGAAUACCAUUUCUUUUUUCCUUUUUCGUUUUGGAAAAAAUGCAGAACAAAUCUUACGGAAUUUAUGCGUGUGAUAUCGAUUUACAUGCAGAAAUUGUGUACUGUUAAUGUUGACAGCUUAGCAAAAUUCUCCAAGAUCAACUUAAAUGAGUGGCAAAGUCAGAGGAGCACACAGAUGAUGCGAAGGUCAAGCUGGCCGAAACUCCAUUACCGGUGGAAGAGGAAGCUACUCUCGAUGCUAUUGGUCGCAUCUUGUUUUGCGACCUUUGCCUUAUUUGAAUCGCUGCGAAGCAGAAUACAUACAGUGAGUUUAACAUAUCCACCAUUGAUUAGGAAGCCCAAGAUAGCCUUCCUUUUCAUCGCCAGGAAUCGGAUCCCGCUUGAUGUCGCGUGGGAUGUUUUUUUUCGGGGUGCUAUGGAGGAUAGAUUUUCAGUUUAUGUUCAUUCAAGGCCAGGGUUCUCAUUACAUGCAGCAACGACAAGAUCAAAGUACUUUUUGAAUCGUCAAAUUAAUGAUAGUAUACAGGUAGAUUGGGGCCAAGCUAGCAUGAUCCAGGCUGAACGUAUUUUGCUCCAAAAUGCAUUAGUUGACCCGUUUAAUGAACGCUUCAUUUUCCUCUCAGACAGCUGCAUACCUUUGUAUAAUUUCAGCUACACAUACGACUAUAUAAUGUCCGUUUCAACUAGCUUUUGGGCGGUUCUGACAAGAAAACAUGCCGAGAUUGUUGUUCAAGACGACAUUGUAUACCCUUUGUUUGAGCAGUACUGCAGGCCUGCAGAUGGAUCUAAGGAGCAUAACUGCAUACCAGAUGAGCAUUAUGUUCAAACCUUACUUUUUCAAAGAGGUCUUCAAAAUGAAAUUACUAGGAGGUCCCUGACUCAUACUUCAUGGGACCUAUCAUCCUCCAGAAACAAUGAAAGGCGAGGAUGGCAUCCCGUGACUUACAAAUUGGCUGAUGCUACCCCGCAACUUAUCCAGUCCAUCAAGAAUGUAGAUAACAUCUUCUACAAGUCCGAGAACAGGCGAGAAUGGUGCACGAGCAAGGGUAAACCAUCUGGAUGCUUCCUUUUUGCGAGGAAAUUCACACGGCCUGCUGCUAUUCGCCUCCUUAACAUGUCUGCUCUGGUCAUCUCUACUGAAGCAACAAAUGGAGUAACCACGGCCGCUUAGGAGGAAAAGGUAUAGACACAUCAUCUUAUAAGUAGAAAUUGGAAAAUUGGAUUGUAUAUCAUGUUGCUGUUGUUGUAAAUUAGGUACAUACCCCUAUUUCGUGGACUGGGUUUAUUUCUGUUUGUCAUCACUUUAAUAUGUAACUAAUUUUAGUAACCCUGUAUAAAACAAAUAGUGUAUUGCUCACGCAAACAAUGAAAAUGAAUGUCCCUUUACACUAAUAAAAAAACUGAAGUAAAUUGACAAUAGAUCCAAACUUUG